CCCUCCCUCCCUCCCUUAUCUUCUCUCUCUCUCUCUCUCUCUCUCUCCAAAGGACCAUUUUAGUCCAUCCUUCUUUCUCUCUCUAGAUAUCUCUAGCACUACCAUACAAUUCUUAACCCAAAACACAUCACCUAAACCAAAAUCUCAAUUUUUUUCGUACACAAAUUCCAGCCAACAAACAUCCAGAGAUUUUUUUAUAUUUAUUUUAAUAAAAAUAGACUUGUUCUGUAAAAAUAUAGUGCGAGUGAGUGACUGAGUGAGACUGAAGAGAGCUGAGAGUUGAGUUGAUCAGCUGCUGAGUGAGAGACCCACCAAAACCCAAUUAUACUAAACUAAGCCCUCUCUCUCUCUCUCUCUUCCACUCUCUCUCUCUCUCUCCACUCUUCUCUCAUAAAACCCUCCACAAGCUGAUCAUAAUUCUCUUUCCCAUGCGAUCAUGGAGGGAGGGGAUGAUCAUCAACUCCACCACCACCACCACCACCACCACUACCAACAACACCAACAACAAUAUCACCACCGUCCAAACUUCCCCUUCCAGUUGCUCGAGAAAAAAGAAUUAGAUCAUCAAGAAGCGGCCUCUUGCUCCAACUCCACGUCCCCCUACCCUUCUCUAGCCAUCACCACCGUCGACCCCACUGCUAACAACAACACCUCCUCUACUCCCGCAGCCACAACCACCUCAGCUCUCCAAGCUUCUUCCGCCGAGCCCUCCAAAAAGCCACCCCCCAAGCGGACCUCCACCAAGGACCGCCACACUAAAGUCGACGGCCGCGGCCGCCGCAUUCGAAUGCCGGCCUUGUGUGCCGCCAGAGUCUUCCAGCUCACACGCGAGCUCGGCCACAAGUCCGACGGCGAAACCAUCGAGUGGCUUCUUCAGCAGGCCGAGCCCGCCGUGAUCGCCGCCACCGGUACCGGCACAAUCCCUGCCAACUUCACGUCACUCAACAUCUCACUCCGCAGUUCCGGCUCCAGCAUGUCCGUCCCAUCUCAGCUAAGAUCCUCUUACUACAGCCCAAAUUUCUCUCUUCACCAGAACCAGCGGCGUAGCCUCUUUCAGGGCAUCGGCCUCUCGUCUUCUGACAGCUCCUCAACUCUCCUAAAUUUCCAAACAAACCCCAUGCACGCUUCCAUGUUGCAAGCCAAGCAGGAGCUCCGCGAUACAGUGUCAUUAGAUCUCUCGGAGGCGGCGUCGGCAGGGGAGGGGAGCAUGGGAGGGAGGAAACGUCGACCGCCGGAGCAGGACUUAAAUCAAAUGGGCGGCGGCGGCGGGGGUGGUGGAGGAGGGUACUUAUUACAGUCAAGCACGGGUGCAGUCCCGGCCAGCCACCCACAUAGUCAGAUUCCGGCUAAUUUUUGGAUGCUGGCAAAUUCUAACAACCAAGUUAUGAGCGGAGACCCUAUCUGGACUUUUCCAGCUUCGGUCAACAACAGUGGACUGUAUAGAGGAACAAUGCCCGGUGGCUUACAUUUUAUGAAUUUCCCCGCCCCAGUCACCCUGUUGCCUAGUCAGCAACAAUUAGGUGGCUCAGGCGGCGGCGGCGGUAGUAAUGAUGGAAAUAACAUGAGUGACGGCCAGCUGAAUAUGCUCGCCGGACUCAACCCCUAUCGGCACAUGUCCGAUACUGGUGUUUCAGACUCUCAGCAGGCGAGCGGAUCCCACUCGCACCAUGGCGGGGGCGACGAUCGGCACGAUAGUACUAGCCACCACUCAUAAAGCCGGCGAAUGGCCGUCGGAUUUUAUCGUCGUGGUCAUCGUUGGUGGUCGUCAUUUCUUCCCACAUGUGUAGUCGUUUGCUGUGUAACAACACACGUGAGGUUUGAUUGAUUGCUCUUAAAAUUCUGAGGUUUAUUUUUACUUAUUUAUUCCAAUUUUUUUGUGUGAUUAAUAUGAUAUGGCCGGGAGAAGAGAGGGUUUUUUUUAGGGUUUGCAGAAAAAGAAACAGACACUUAUUUUUAACAUGGGUUAAUUAUUUUGGCUGCGAUCUCUUAUUUCUUGAAUUUUUGGUGAUUAAUAUCUCAUUUGGGAGAUGAGUUUUUACCACAAAAGUAUACUAUCA